AAAAUGGACAAAAUACCAGUGAUACAAAAACGAAACAAAUCAAAAAUAAAAUCAAGAAAGAUGGCAUCCUCCUCCCAAGAUCUUCUCGAUGCUCAAGCUCAUGUAUGGGACCACAUUUUGAGCUACAUAAACUCCAUGGCUCUAAGAUGUGCAGUUGAGCUACGCAUACCCGACGCCAUCCACAAGCACGGCAAACCUAUCACACUUUCUCGACUGGCCGAAGCCCUCUGCAUCAACACCGCAAAAACCAACGGCCUCUAUCGCCUCAUGCGAAUUCUAGUCCACUCCAAGUUCUUCGACAGGGUCAUCAUCUCCGAGCAAGAGGAGAGAGAAGAAGCUUAUUCUCUCACUAGGGCUUCCCGUCUCUUGAUAAGAGAUGAACCACUGAGCCUUGUGCCUUUUGCACUUCUAGGGACCCACCCAGUCUUCAUUGAACCGUUCCAUCAUAUGAGUGAAUGGCUUUGCGAUGAAUGUCCUUCUGCGUUCUUCACCAAAAAUGGGAUGGAUCAUUGGGAGUUUGCAGCCAAAGACGAGAAAUGGAAUCAAGGGUUUAAUGAGGCCAUGGCUGCUGAUGCACGCUUCACUAGCAGCAUACUUGUUAGAGACUGCAAGCAUGUUUUUGAGGGGUUGAAGACGAUGGUGGAUGUCGCAGGCGGCACAGGGGAGGUGUCCAAGGUGUUGGCCGGGGCACUUCCCUGGUUAAAAUGCAUCGUGCUCGACCAGCCACAUGUCGUUGCUGGCAUGGAAGGCUCAGAGAAUUUGAGAUUUGUUAGCGGAGACAUGUUUGAGUUCAUUCCUCCUGCUGACACAGUUUUCCUCAAGUCGAUAAUGCACGAUUGGGGAGACGAAGAUUGCACCAAAAUAUUGGGAAAAUGCAAAGAAGCAAUAACUCAUAGCAAAAUCAAUGGUGGAAAGGUGAUUAUUGUGGAUAUGGUUGUGGAUGGAGAAAAGCAAGCUCAUGAGGCAACUAAAAGUUAUCUCGUCUUCGAUAUCUUCAUAAUGGCUAAUUUUGCAGGGAAAGAAAGAACUGAGAAAGAAUGGGCUGAGCUCUUUGCUGCUGUUGGCUUUAAAAAUUAUAAAAUCACUCAUACUUUAGGAUUGAUUUCUUUAAUUGAGGUGUUUCCCUGAUUGUUCGCCUUAUCGUCUAAAAUCAAUGACAUUACAAUUAUAUUCAA